AUGGAACUCUCUGGACUAAACAAUUUAUCUACUGAAAAGUUGACUGACUCAGAAUCAAAUCAAAAAGACGCUACUCCUGUUACCUGUGAUGAACCUGAGUGUCUUAAAGCAGACGAAAUUUUCGUAGGUCCAAAACUUGAAGAGGAAAAAAAUUUAGAAAAAGAUCAAGACGUAGAAACAAAUCAUGGCAUCAAAUUUGAAGAUUGCUUUUACGGAUAUUCUAUUGAGUCUCCAUAUCAUACAAAUUAUGAUUUUUAUGGACCUAUUGAAUUACAAAUUCUGAAAGCUGAUGCAGCAAUAAGUCGACGAGAAUUUAGAAGAGAUAAAUCUACUCAAACGUCAAAUUACCAGCAAAUGAAAGAUAAAAUCAAUUCUUAUAUCUUUCAACUAGCAGGUUUUCGAUGCGAGCCAAAGUUGUCAGAAAUAGAGAAAACUGACAAAAAUAUAGAAGACCAUAAUAAUGAGUCUAGGGAGUCUACCAAUCAGUUGUCGCACUCGACUUUCAUGGAUGAUGACCAGGUGGAGGAUGAACGUCCUAUCUCAUCAGCUGGUACUUGCUCUUUAACUGGAAGCAAAGUGAGAACAUCAUCUGAAUCCAGUGAUGAAAGUAGCAGAAGUAUACCCUGUAAUAGUGAUUCGGACGAUUCUUCAACCGAGGAAAGAAUAAAGAAUUCACCUAUGGGUCGGUUAUUAACUUUAAUAGAAGAGCGAUCAAAAAUAAGUGAAGACAAUAAGGAACGUCGGUUUAGAGAAUUGAUGGCUUUUAAAGCCCAAAAGGCAGAGGAAGAUUGUCAAUUUAAAGAAAGAGCUUUAGAUUUAUUAGAAAAGUUUAUACAAACGCACACAAUGUCUAAAACGGACGAUGUUUUCUGA